CAAGCAGGGGCGGUCAGACAUAGAGGCUGGGCCCUGCAGGGCCUGAAGAAGCCAGCGCCUCACCUUCUCCCCUGGCUUUUGGGUCUUUUCUUUCUUUUUCCCACCAUGAAGAAGUGAGUGACCUGGCAGCCAACGAGAAGAACCAGGACCUGGUUUGGAGGAAACCAAGCGCAGAGGGCAGUGGCUGUGCGUCUCUUGGUCACUCACUUCCCUACCUGCCCAGGCAUGAAGGGUGGUGGCAGUGCCGUGUGGAGCCUUAUGUGGAAGCACUGCGUCUCUGUGAGGACCCUCAGCGUGGAGGGUGAAGCCCCCAGCAGCGAGACCUGCACAUCUUUGGACAGCCCUUCAGCCUAUCGCCAGGGUCCCUUAGUGCCUGGCUCCAGCCUGAGCCCGGACUACGAGCACACAUCUGGGGGCACCUAUGGGCUAUACUCUGGGCCGCUGGGGCAGCAGCAGCGCACACGGAGGCCCAAGCUGCAGCACUCGACUUCCAUCCUACGCAAGCAGGCUGAGGAGGAGGCCAUCAAGCGCUCACGCUCUCUCUCUGAAAGCUAUGAGCUCUCCUCAGACCUGCAGGACAAGCAGGUGGAGAUGCUAGAACGGAAGUAUGGGGGACGCCUCGUGACCCGCCAUGCAGCCCGCACCAUCCAGACAGCCUUCCGCCAGUACCAGAUGAACAAGAACUUUGAGCGCCUGCGUAGCUCCAUGUCAGAGAACCGCAUGUCCCGCCGGAUUGUGCUGUCCAACAUGAGAAUGCAGUUCUCCUUUGAGGGGCCUGAGAAGAUGCACAGCUCUUACUUUGAAGGGAAGCAGGUCUCAGUGACCGGUGAUGGCUCUCAGUUGGGGACCCUAGUGCCAUCUGAGUGCAGUGAGUUUGUUGAGCCGCCUUCCCUCAAGUCUUCAGCCCCAUCUAGUGACUUCGCAGAUGCCAUCACUGAGCUGGAGGAUGCCUUCUCCCGGCAGGUAAAAUCUCUGGCCGAGUCCAUCGAUGAUGCCCUCAACUGCCGCAGCCUUCAUGCUGAAGAGGCGUCAGUCACCAACUCAGGGCGAGCCCAGGACACGGACCCCCAGACAGCCCUGCAAACCAUGGACCGCCACAAACUGGAUGAGAUGACAGCCUCAUAUAGUGAUGUCACCCUGUACAUCGAUGAGGAGGAACUGUCACCACCCCUGCCCCUCUCUCAGGCAGGGCACCGGCCAUCCAAUGCUGAAUUAGACCUGCAAAUAAGGGCUGGAGGUGCCACUCAGGACUACUGGGCCCUGGCUCACAAGGACGACAAGGGGGACACAGACACUAGCUGCCAGAGCACACCAUCUCUUGAGCAGCAGGAGCAGCGGCUGCGGGUGGAGCACCUCCCGCUGCUCACCAUCGAGCCUCCCAGUGAUAGCUCUGUGGACCUCAGCGACCGCUCAGACCGUGGCUCGCUCAAGAGGCAGAGCACCUAUGAGCGUAGUCUUGGUGGACAGCAGGGCAGCCCCAAGCAUGGCCCCCAAAGUGGCCCCCCUAAGGGCCUGUCCCGGGAGGAGCCAGAGUUGCGGCCUCAGCCUUCCAGGCCCCUUGAUGGCCACUUGGCCAUCAAUGGCUCGGCCAACAGGCAGAGCAAAUCUGAGUCAGACUACUCAGAUGGGGACAACGACAGCAUCAAUAGCACUUCCAACUCCAAUGACACCAUCAACUGCAGCUCUGAGUCAUCAUCCCGUGACAGCCUGCGGGAGCAGACACUCAGCAAACAGACCUAUCACAAGGAGACCCGCAACAGCUGGGACUCACCUGCCUUCAGCAAUGACAUCAUCCGCAAGAGGCAUUAUCGCAUUGGCCUCAACCUUUUCAACAAGAAGCCUGAGAAGGGCAUCCAGUACCUCAUUGAGCGUGGCUUUGUGCCGGACACACCAGUGGGAGUAGCCCACUUCCUGUUGCAGCGCAAGGGCCUGAGCCGGCAGAUGAUUGGCGAGUUCCUGGGCAACAGGCAGAAGCAGUUCAACCGCGAUGUGCUGGACUGCGUGGUGGACGAGAUGGACUUCUCUGCCAUGGAGCUGGACGAAGCCCUCAGGAAGUUCCAAGCACACAUUCGGGUCCAGGGGGAGGCUCAGAAGGUGGAGCGGCUCAUUGAGGCCUUCAGCCAGCGGUACUGCAUCUGCAACCCUGGGGUGGUGCGACAGUUCCGGAACCCAGACACCAUCUUCAUCCUGGCCUUCGCCAUCAUCCUGCUCAACACAGAUAUGUAUAGCCCCAACGUCAAGCCUGAGCGCAAGAUGAAGCUGGAGGACUUCGUCAAGAACCUCCGAGGUGUAGAUGAUGGUGAGGACAUUCCCCGGGAGAUGCUGAUCGGUAUCUACGAGCGGAUCCGCAAGCGGGAGCUAAAAACCAAUGAGGACCACGUGUCCCAGGUGCAGAAGGUGGAGAAGCUCAUUGUGGGGAAGAAGCCGAUUGGAUCCCUGCAUCAUGGGCUUGGCUGUGUUCUCUCUCUGCCUCACCGGCGGCUGGUCUGCUACUGCCGGCUCUUCGAGGUUCCAGACCCAAAUAAGCCCCAGAAACUUGGACUGCACCAGCGAGAAAUCUUCCUGUUUAAUGACCUCCUGGUGGUUACCAAGAUCUUUCAGAAGAAGAAGAACUCGGUGACAUACAACUUCCGACAAUCCUUCUCCCUCUACGGCAUGCAGGUCCUGCUCUUCGAGAACCAGUACUACCCCAAUGGCAUCCGGCUCACAUCUGCAGUCCCUGGAGCAGACAUAAAAGUGUUAAUAAAUUUUAAUGCUCCCAAUCCUCAAGACCGGAAGAAAUUCAGCGAUGACCUGCGGGAAUCUAUUGCAGAGGUGCAGGAGAUGGAGAAGCACAGGAUAGAGUCGGAGCUCGAGAAACAGAAGGGUGUUGUGCGGCCCAGCAUGUCCCAGUGCUCCAGCCUCAAAAAGGAGUCAGGCAAUGGGACGCUUAACCGGGCCUGCCUGGACGACAGCUAUGCCAGCAGCGAGGGCCUCAAGCGCAGUGCCCUCAGCAGCUCCCUGAGGGACCUUUCAGAAGCUGGGAAGCGAGGGCGUCGCAGCAGUGCGGGAUCGCUAGAGAGCACUGUGGAAGGGUCCAUCAUUAGCAGCCCUCACAUGCGCCGGAGAGCUCCAUCAACACGAGAGUGUCCAUCUCGCCCACACCAGACAAUGCCUAAUUCAUCCUCCCUCCUGGGCUCCUUAUUUGGGAGUAAGAGAGGAAAGCCCCCUCCUCAGGCUUACCUGCCUUCAGCCCCUCCCCAGCCACCCCCAUACCUGCCAAGCCUGCCCCAUCCUCAGCACUCUGUGGCAAGCCAUCACCAGGGGCCUGCAGAGGGCCCCCCACAACCCCAGAUGCAUGGGCACCAUAGCCAGUACUGCCAUAUGCAGCAGAACCCGCCCCCUUACCACCACCACCACCACUACCACCCCCCGCAGCACAUCCAGCACGCACACCCGUACCACCAUGGACCCCCCGGGGGCCACCUGCCCUACGGGGCCCACAUGCACAGCCACCCACCACUGCCCUUGGCCCAUGCCAGCCAUCCCGGCCACUCAAGCCAUGCAGCACACCACCACGGGCAGUCCCCUGUUCCACCGCCCCCCACCAACAGCAAGGCGAAACCCAGUGUCAUCAGCACAAUUGUGUAGAUAGCCUGAAAGGGGGUCCCAGACCCCCUGGAACAAGUGCAUACCACACAGAGACACGCCUGGGGACAGCCAGCCUCAGACCAGACCCAGGGCACUUCUGUUUCCAUCUCUGCCCCCUGCUCCCCACAGCCUGGAUGGAACCUCCCAAUCCUAUGGGCUUGUGUUGUAGGAAACAAAGCUCCUGAUUUAAUUUAGCGUUGAGCCCUGGGCUCCGUCUUCUUCAACCCAAGGGGUGGGCCUCAGCCACCAUCAGCUUUGAAAUGGUUCCUCUGGCCAAGUUGAUGUUGAACUGCCCACCUCUCCACCCCCACGCAGCCCUGAACUCUUUCCUCCCUAGUUGUACAUGCAUAUGAAAAGCCUAGAAAAAGAAGAAACAAGACACAAAAACCAGAACAGAACAAAACAGAAAACCCAAAACUUGCUGCAUUAUUGCUCUUUUAUUGACAAUGGGCAAAAUUAAGUAGACCUGAUAUGGUUGAUGAAAAUACGUAAGUAAACUUUAUAUAAUAUAAAUAUAUAAAUAUAUAAAUAUAAAUAAAUAUAUAUAUAUAUAUAUACUGUAUAGGUAGUAUUUGUGUGUGAAAGGCAAACAUUUCAGUCCACAAAAUUAGCAAUAUAGACUUUACAAGGAGCUCCACUUACCUGAUAGAAAGACAGUACCUUAGAUGAAUGUGUGAGAGAGUAGGCCGAAAACCUAAAUGCUAGGAACAAACUCAGAUGCUUUCAUAUUUUCAUAAAAAGCAAAGAAGUCCCUCUAGGACUAAAUCAUUACUUACGCAAUCAUUACUAACUGUGCCAAGUAACAUAGAUCUAACUGUUUAAAAAGUCCAAUGUUGCUUUAUAUAAAUCCUUAUUUUAUUAACAGAAUACUAUCAUAAAUAAUCAGUAUUAUUAAUGCUCUGUUAUUUCAGGUAAGCAAAUAGAUAAAAUGCAGUAAACUACAGUAGCAGCUCAGGAUAACUAGUUAAGAACUGGUUGUCUUAGAAUAUUGGUUACACAGAUUCAUAGACAUUUGAACGGCUGUGAUAACUGUGAAUUUCCAUGAUCCAUAUUUCUUUUAUAUGCAUAUGAUUUGAUGCACACUCACUCAGAGUCCUCUAAGAGGGGCACCCAUACACUGCAGACGUAGCAUCUCCAACAUGGAACGACCAACUCUCAUCCUCGUCUCCCUCAGCGCCAUAACUUUUUCAUCCUGUUUCCAGCCGCAACAGGCAGAAGCCCCUGAGCAUGGUUUCACCAGGAACCUCUUUCAAACCUGCAGGCUGAUUUUAGCAUUUAGCAACCAGGGCAGUGUGUGUGUUUCCCAUUUUAUUUUCUGAGUGGUAGCCGUGAUCAUUGUAAUUUCAUGUAGCCAUGUGCUAGCAUAACCCCUGUGUCAUCACUGUGGCCCCUCUAACCCCAGCUGAGAAGUGCCCAGCCCUCACCGGUGAGGCUCCCGCUGCCUUCUCAUGGUCCAGUUAGCUGCCAGGGCAUCAUAUGACUCUCAGCUGUGCUCUUGUUGCUUCCGUGUUGUGGUGACACCAUCUGCUCCCCUGGGGCCGGGCGCUGCACGCGUCCGGUUCUGUGCCUGAGUCACCCAUGGGCCAUACUUUGUAGUUUCAGCCUUUCGAGCCACUGCAGCCACCAGUGCUGUGUUCCUAAGCCAUGGGACCCGAGGACUGCCCCACGGCACCUGCCCAGGUGGAGAGCCCUUUCAGAAAGGGCGAAGCAAACACGGGACUGUGGGCUGUGGGGCUUCGUGCUCCUGGAAGUCAUGGUGAGCUGUGGCCGGACUGCAGACGACAGAGGGGAGCCCACCUUAGCCACCCGGCUGGGUGUCUGUCCAUUUCACUCCCCAUCACCUCUUUGCCAUAUCAUUGAGGUCAUCAUACCAGCAAAUCUGCAAACUGAGCACUUUGUUAAUCUCCACAGAGAGCAAAUACAACAAUCUAGAAUUUAGCCUUUUUUAAAAAGAAGUGUGACUUGAACUUGCCUUCCUUUACCUUCUCAUUGGUCCAGCAUCUCUCUCUUGGGCAUCCACUCAAAAAGAGAGAGGCAAAGAGCACAGGCACUUGACCUGGUCCAGGCCCAGCUGAGGGGAGGCUCCCCAGUCCCACUGACUCCUGAAUUCUGUGGUUUUUCUUCAGACCCAGGCUCCCCGAGGCAUUCUCUGUUGUGCAGUUUAAAGGAUGUUGUUUUGACAAGGAAGUCAAAUACUGUGUGUCAUAGAUGUUGAUCGUGUGAAGCCACAUCUAUGUAUUGUAUAUUUGCAAAAUAUAUCAGUGUUACUAUUGACAAAUAGUUGAAGUAAAGUUAUAACAUAUUAAAUAUGUCUGCUUUUUUUACUCUUCUGUACCAAUGGUAGAGUUCAACUGUAAACUAUAGGUUGUUCCAGAAAAGAUACAGGCUGUUUGGUACAAGGAUGCUCUUUUUGAAGGGACAGGCACUAGUGAGAAACAAAGCAAAAAGAACCAACAAUAAAUUCAGUGGUGGAGGCCUGUGGGAGGGCUCUCUCAUCAUUGCGUCUGCAGUGCUCCGAGGGCCACUUGGGACUCUCACCUCCAAAACUGUUACUGAUAUGCUGAGUUUGUCAGGUGCCACAGGGCUAGGUCUAGUGAAAGGUGGCUUCUUGAACAAAUGCAGUUUCCAACUUUAUACGGUGUUUCCAACUUUAUACAGUGCAUUGUGUUCAAUGAGGUUUUCUCAUUCUCUGUGUUUUGUUUGCAAGCCUAUCAUAGGAAGUGUUUCCAGAAGUACAUUGUUCCGUUGAAGAGACUAGAGCCAAAUGUGAUUCCCAUGUUGCUUUCAUGGGGCUGUGCUCUCUGGAUCUCAACCUGUCAGAGUCACAGCUGUGGGGACCUAUUGUUCACAGAGCCCCUCGUGCCCUCAGUAGGCUGAGUGCCACCACGGUGUUUGUGUAAUCUGUCAGGACACUCUUGGGACAUUUUUCUCAAGUCGCACAAAUUAGUUCAAUACAUAAUUUCUGACAGGAACAGACAACCCUUAGAGGAAGCAGCUGGUAAUAUCACAAAAAUCUUUUCUGGGACAACAAUUAAAUCAUGUAUUUGUAUUUUUUUAAGUUUAUUAAUGAAUUGUACAACACUGUAAAAAUAAAGUUUAUCCUAAUAUGA